UAAUUUUCAACAUGGUGUUGUCGAGCUCGCAUUGGAGCAACCAUAUGAGUUAAAAUUAGAGAAAGAGUAGGAAAAGAGUGUGAAAGAUAAGGGAUACUUUGCACUUUAAUCUGUUCAAAUUUGAUACUCUGUUGUAGAGGCUUUUUCUCUUUCUUCUGGCCUAUAGUAAUUGUCUUCUGCUAAACUUAAAAAGUGAUUCUUGUCUCUCUUCUUCUUGCUCUUUGUCUUUUCUUGCUUCCUUAAUUUCUUCUCCUAUAUAUAUAAUUGCAAUGUGUAUAUUUAGUUAUUUUACCAAAAAAUAAACAAUAUUAGAGACACCCACAAAGCUGGGAAACUGGAAUCUUGUUUCAGCAGGUCAAGUUUGAGGAGUGCUCAUUAUAAAGUUGCUAUCUUUUUAUGUUAUUUGGUUAAUUUACUGAUCAGAAAGAUUUUGAUUUUAUUUGGGUAACUCUGAAUAUAAUUCAGAAUUUGAAAAAAAGAGUGAUGCAAUGAGGGAUGAGUAUUCCAAGAAAAGCAAGCUGUCUUGGUCCAGAAAAUUGGUUAGGAAAUGGUUCAAUUUAAAGGGAAAAACUGUAGAAUUUCAAUCUGAUGAAUCUGUCUAUGGAGGAAGUUAUGAGUGGAGAAGAAGCAUAUCAGAGUGGGAACAUUGUGCUAUCAAGAAGACCAAAACAGAAAAAUCAACCAGGAGUAUGGAGCAUCUCCCACGGGGGAGUGUUAAUCUUGAUCACCCUAAGAUUAUAAAUGUACAAGACUAUAGACUCUUUGUCUCUACAUGGAAUGUGGGUGGAGAAUCACCACUGAGCAAUUUGAAUCUAGAUGAAUGGCUUCAUUCCUCACCCCCUGCAGAUAUUUAUGUGCUUGGAUUUCAGGAAAUAGUUCCUUUAAAUGCUGGUAAUAUUCUGGGAGCCAAAGACAAUGGCCCUGCCAAAAAGUGGAUCGCUUUGAUCGGGGAGACAUUAAACAACGGUCCUGGUACAAGUGCAGGUAAUGGUUGCUACACUUCUUCUCCUGUUCCAGAUCCAAUUGCCGAGUGGAAUGCUGACUUUGAGGGAUCAAAUAGAUACAAGGCAUCAUCCUUCUCUCAUCGUCGGUCAGUCCAGACACCUCAGUGCGGGAGCGUGGAAAAUGAUCCAUCAUUCUUGCAACUUCGUGUGGAUGGACGAUACAGUGUUUGUGAUGGAGUAAUUUUUGGACAUAGGUCUAGUGAUUUUGAUCCUAAUAGGGAGCAGAGGCCAAGUGACUAUUCCUAUCCUCACAGGCCAAGUGAUUUUUCAUCUUCUCGCAGACCAAGUGACUAUACCUCUUUUCACAGGCCAAGUGAUUAUUCAUCUGGUCAUAGGCUUAGCGACUAUUCCUGCGGACAAAGGCCAAGUGAUGUCUCCAGAUGGGGCUCGUCAGAUGAUGAAUAUGGACCUGGAGAUUCACCUACUGUUUCGUUUUCACCUGUAACAAAUGGAGGGUAUGCUCCUGCGGAAGAUGGUUAUAGAAUGCCCAGAAAUUCAACCUAUUGUGUAGCAGCAAGUAAACAAAUGGUUGGCAUUUUUCUCACCGUAUGGGUGCGGAGUGAUUUGAGGGAACAGGUUCGGAAUAUGAAAGUUUCAUGUGUUGGAAGAGGGUUGAUGGGGUACCUUAGAAAUAAGGGAUCUAUUUCAAUCAGUAUGCAGUUGCAUCAAACAAGCUUUUGCUUUGUCUGCACUCACUUAACCUCUGGUCAGAAAGAGGGUGAUGAGUUGCGCAGAAAUUCUGAUGUCAUGGAGAUCCUAAAGAAGACAAGAUUUCCGCAAGUUAGUGGCGUGGAUGAAGAGAAGUCACCAGAAACCAUUCUCGAGCAUGACCGGGUUAUUUGGCUUGGGGAUCUGAACUAUCGAAUUGCACUCUCAUAUCGCUCUGCAAAAGCACUCGUUGAGAUGCAAAGCUGGAGAGCAUUGUUUGGAAAUGACCAGCUGAGGAUAGAACAGAGACGUGGUCGAGUUUUUGUGGGAUGGAAAGAAGGAAAGAUAUAUUUCCCACCAACAUAUAAAUAUUCUAGGAAUUCAGAUAGGUAUUCUGUUGAUGACAUACAACCAAAGGAGAAGCGCCGAACGCCGGCAUGGUGUGAUCGUAUUUUGUGGCAUGGUGGGGGUCUUCAACAGUUGUCUUAUGUCCGUGGGGAAUCUAGAUUUUCGGAUCAUAGACCAGUUUUCAGUGUGUUUUUGGCCGAAGUUGAGUCAGUACACAGUAGAUCGAGGAAAAUGAGUUGUUCAAGCUCAAGAAUUGAGGUGGAGGAGCUCUUGCCCUACUCGCAUGGUUAUACCGAACUCUGCUUCUUCUGAAGUAGAAGUGAGGACAUAAAGCCUCAGUGUCCGGUGUGCUCCCUUUUUUGGUCUAGAUUCAGGCAGGCGUUGCUUUGGAAAAACUCAAUCACAAAGGGUGACUGGGAACCAUCCAUAUCCCACUAAUUGAAAAAGGUAAGGAAGUUGAUCAGAAGCUUACUGAAAGAAUGGAAAACCAAAGGCAUUGUAUUGGAAGAUGGAGAUCUCGACAAUCUCACAUAUGAUGAACUUCAAGGAAAUCUUAUGGCCUUUGAGUAAAAUCAUACCAAAAAAAAAAAAAAUACACCAAAGAAGAAAAUUGUAGCUUUUAAGGCUAUAACACACGAAAGUGAUGAAGAGGAUGAUGAGCAGAAAAAUAAGGUCAUUGCCAUGAUAAACAUAGGAGUCAAACACACCUUGAGGCAACGAAGACAGAAAUCACAUCAAAGCUUUAGAAACAACGAUACAUAAAAAAUGAUGAUCGUUAUUAUCAUUGUGGAGAAUCAAAUCGUAUCAAGUCUGACUGUCUUGAGCUAAAAAAGGAAGAAUUAUCGAAAAUAUAAUCACUCAAAAAAUUUGAAGUAUGGAGUGAUGAAGAACAAGGAAAAACUUCAAAUAUAUGUUUCGUGGAAAUAGGUGAAUCAAGUGAGGUAAGAUCUUUAAACUAUUUUUUAACUGUUUAGAUCUCCAAGACCCUUUUGAUUUAUUCAUCGAUGAUCUUCAAAUAUUAAUUGAUGACUAUAACAAAUUGACCAAAGAAAAGGACUGCCAAAUUCCUCUCGAGGCAAGUCAAAUCGAAGUGAUUUAUUGGAAGAAGAACUGAGUGAUAUUAGAAUGCAAUUUAACAGCAUCAAAAAAAAUAAUUAGCCCUCUCACACUGAUUCUUAUAAGAAAAACUCUCUUCAUAUCAAUUUUUUCAAAUGAAUUUUACUCCACUAAUCAAUCCUUUAAUUAGUAUAAGUCCAUGUGUUUCACUUAUGGUGGUUUGACAUCACCAAGAAAAUGGAUUUGAAAAUCCAAAAAAAUCAAGCCUGAGUGAAAGAAGUACUAACCACCAAGCUUGAAUAUCUAAAAGAAACUAAUAUUCUUGUCUUGCAGUCACACACCA